AUGGGCCAAGCUUGUAUUCGUGAGAGGCUUGACCGUGCCCUUUGCUCUCAAGGUUGGAUGGACCGGUUCCCUGAAUCUAUGGUGAAACAUUUUACGGAUCAAGGGUCGGAUCAUAGGGCCCUGCUGUUGUCAGAUAAGUCAUACCCCCGCAUUUGUCGUCCCCUAUUCCGGUUUGAUGCUCGCUGGGCUGAGAAUCCGGAGGUGAGGGCGAUGGUGGUCUAUGUGUGGGAUGAAGAGGUGGAGGGUUCCCCUAUGUAUAGAUUGUGGACUCGUUUGAAACGCCUUCGACACCUGUUAUAUGACUGGAGUAGAGCAGGGAUGACUAAUUCUCUUCGGAAUAUCAAUACACUCCAAGCUGAGAUAGAUCGAAUCAAACAGGUGUCCCCAAUUAACUGGGACGAAGUGCGGCUACUAGAAAGUGAGCUUAGCCGCCAGUGGGAGGCGGAAGAGGUGUACUGGGAGCAGAAAUCUAGAGUGCGCUGGUUGAGACGAGGGGAUCAGAAUACUUCCUAUUUUCAUACGGUCACUCGGGCUAGACGUAAGCGUAAUUUCGUGGUGGGUUUGCGUAAUGACGCGGGGGAGUGGGUUACUGAAGAAAGAGGGAAGGCUGAUUUGGCUUCUGAUUUUUAUCAACACCUCUUUUCUUCAGAAAAUCAAGUUCCUGAUAUGGGGGCCAGGGUUGAGGCCUUGCCUCUGCAGAGGAAAGUUACUGAGGAGAUGAAUGCUCAGCUUACUGCGGCGGUGUUGCCAGCAGAAGUUCGGAGUACGGUUUUCUCCAUGGGCUCCAGGCAGGCUCCUGGGUCUGAUGGUUUCACGGGGAAAUUUUUCAAAUCUUUUUGGGAUAUAGUGGGCGGGUCGGUGGUUGAGGCUGUUUGCUCUUUCUUUCAAACGAACCGCCUAUUGCGGAGUUUUAACCAUACUUGGCUCACUUUGAUCCCGAAGGUAGAUAAUGUGGAGACCAUUCGCCAACUAAGGCCCAUUAGCUUGUGCCAAAUUGUGUAUAAGGUGAUUACUAAGAUUAUGUCUGAACGUCUGGCCCCUUUCCUACCUGAGAUCAUUUCGGAGGGCCAGAAUGCUUUUAUCCGGGAACGUCAGAUAGUGGAAAAUGUGUUGUUGGGGCAUGAACUAAUGCACUACCUAAAAAUUAAGAAUCGGGGGAAGAAAGGCUAUAUGGCUCUGAAGGUAGAUAUGUAA